AUGUGGAAGCUAAAGGUUGCUGAAGGCCAUGGACCGUGGUUGUUUAGUACCAACAACUUUCUGGGUAGACGAACAUGGGAGUUUGAUCCCGACUACGGCACUCCACAAGAAAGAGAACAAGUUGAAGAAGCUCGAAGGGAUUACACGAAAAAUCAGUUUCGAGCAAAACCCUCCGGCGAUGUUCUGAAGCAAAUGCAGCUUAUCAAAGAAAACCAGGCAGAUCUAAGCUUGCCAAAUGUACGGAUUGGAAGAAUGGAAGAACUGAAUCGUCAAACAGUAACAACUGCCCUAAGGAAAGCCUUGAGAUUCACCUCUGCUGUCCAAGCUCAUGAUGGCCAUUGGCCAUCUGAGAUGUCUGGACCAUUGUUCUAUGUUCCUCACCUGAUCAUGCUUUUGUACAUGAGUGGAACUACAAAUGUGGUUUUGUCAUCAGAACAUAAGAAGGAGAUAAUGCGCUAUAUCUACAAUCACCAGAACAAAGAUGGCGGAUGGGGAUUCCAUAUAGAAGAUCAUAGCACCAUGUUUGGGACAGCAAAUAACUACGUUGCUUUGCGUUUGCUUGGGGAAAAUGCUGAUGGCCCCAAUGGUGAAGCUCUUUCAAAAGCCCGGAAUUGGAUAUUAGAUCACGGCGGCCUAGUGAUGAUACCGUCCUGGGGAAAGAUGAGCUUUUCGCUGAUCGGGCUGUAUGAAUGGUCGGGCUGCAAUCCUGUUCCUCCAGAGUUAUUUCUUCUACCUUCAUAUCUACCUAUGCAUGCAGGAAAAUUAUGGUGCUAUUUACGGGAAACGUAUAUGCCCCUUGCAUAUUUGUAUGGGAGGAAAUAUGUUGGGCCAAUAUCCGAUCUGAUUUUGUUAUUGAGAAAGGAACUUUACAAUGAUCCUUAUGAUACAAUCAACUGGAAUGCAACGCGACAUUUUUGCCUAAAGGAUGAUCUCACCAGCCCUCAUCCUUUUAUGCAAGAUGCAAUCUGGGAUAUCCUCCAUCACAUUGUGGAGCCACUUCUAAAGCUCUGGCCCUUCUCCAAGUUCAGAGAAAAUGCCUUGCAAAAAAUAAUCACGCACAUCCAUUAUGAAGGUGAAAACAGCAGAUAUGUGAAUAUAGCAUGUGUUCAGAAGGUAUUCCACAUGAUGGCCUGCUGGGCAGAAGAUCCCAACCCAAACUCAAUUUCUUUCAAGUGUCAUCUUGCCCGAGUUCCCGAUUACUUGUGGAUUGCUGAAGAUGGCAUGAAAAUGCAGAGUAUGGGAAGUCAACUAUGGGAUACUGUUUUCACCACUCAAGCAAUUAUUGCAAGUGAUCUUGAAGACGAAUUUGGGACAACUUUGAAAAGAGCGCAUUAUUUCAUCAAAGAAACCCAGAUACAAGAAAAUCCAUCGGGGGACUUCCGUAGCAUGUACCGUCACCCAUGUAAAGGAGCUUGGAUGCUAGCAGAUAGAGAUCACGGUUGGCAAGUUUCUGACUGUACUGCCGAGGCACUAAAGGCAUUGCUCCUGCUUUCAGAAAUGCCAACAGAUGUUGUAGGAGAAAAGAUUGACGUCAAACGGCUAUAUGAAGCGGUUGAUUUUAUUCUAAAUUUGCAGAGCAAAAAUGGAGGUUUUGCCAUUUGGGAACCAUCAACUUUGCCAAAAUGGUUUGAGUUUUUCAAUCCAACACAGUUAUUUGAGAAUGCUAUGGUUGAAUACGAGUAUGUCGAGUGCACUUCAUCUAUUGUUCAAGCUCUUGUGCUUUUCAAGUAUUCAUUUCCAACGUAUCGGCAAAGGGACAUAGAAGCUUCUGUAAAGAGGGCAAUAAAAUUCAUUGAGAAAUCCCAAAAUCCUGAUGGUUCCUGGUAUGGCUUUUGGGCAAUAUGCUACACUUAUGCCUCUUGGUUAGCAUUAGGAGCUUUGGCCAUGUGUGGGAAGACAUGUGACAAUAGUGAAACAGUUCAAAAAGCGUGUCAAUUCUUGCUUUCAAAACAACAAGAAACAGGUGGUUGGGGAGAAAGCUACCAUUCAUGCACUAAGAAGGUAUAUACACAUAUAGAUGGGAAAAGAUCCAAUUUGGUACAAACAUCAUGGGCUCUAAUGGCACUUAUACAUGCUGAACAGGCAAAGAGAGACCCAAGACCUUUGCAUAAAGCUGCAGUACUACUAAUCAAUUCCCAGAUGGAUAAUGGUUCUUUUCCCCAACAGGAAAUAACUGGAGCAUCCAUGGGAAAUUGUAUAUUACACUAUGCUGCUCAUAAGAACAUUUUUCCAUUGUGGGCGCUUGCAGAAUAUCGAAAGCAUGUCCUACCCUGUCUUGACGAAAUCUAA